AUGUACACAUGCAAAUGGGACGAACGGGGCAGAACCACGGCAUCGACUCACGGUGGAGGAGAGGACAGCACCUCAGAGCAUCGACUCACGGUGGAGGAGAGGACAGCACCUCAGAGCAUCGACUCACGGUGGAGGAGAGGACAGCACCUCAGAGCAUCGACUCACGGUGGAGGAGAGGACAGCACCUCAGAGCAUCGACUCACGGUGGAGGAGAGGACAGCACCUCAGAGCAUCGACUCACGGUGGAGGAGAGGACAGCACCUCAGAGCAUCGACUCACGGUGGAGGAGAGGACAGCACCUCAGAGCAUCGACUCACGGUGGAGGAGAGGACAGCACCUCAGAGCAUCGACUCACGGUGGAGGAGAGGACAGCACCUCAGAGCAUCGACUCACGGUGGAGGAGAGGACAGCACCUCAGAGCAUCGACUCACGGUGGAGGAGAGGACAGCACCUCAGAGCAUCGACUCACGGUGGAGGAGAGGACAGCACCUCAGAGCAUCGACUCACGGUGGAGGAGAGGACAGCACCUCAGAGCAUCGACUCACGGUGGAGGAGAGGACAGCACCUCAGAGCAUCGACUCACGGUGGAGGAGAGGACAGCACCUCAGAGCAUCGACUCACGGUGGAGGAGAGGACAGCACCUCAGAGCAUCGACUCACGGUGGAGGAGAGGACAGCACCUCAGAGCAUCGACUCACGGUGGAGGAGAGGACAGCACCUCAGAGCAUCGACUCACGGUGGAGGAGAGGACAGCACCUCAGAGCAUCGACUCACGGUGGAGGAGAGGACAGCACCUCAGAGCAUCGACUCACGGUGGAGGAGAGGACAGCACCUCAGAGCAUCGACUCACGGUGGAGGAGAGGACAGCACCUCAGAGCAUCGACUCACGGUGGAGGAGAGGACAGCACCUCAGAGCAUCGACUCACGGUGGAGGAGAGGACAGCACCUCAGAGCAUCGACUCACGGUGGAGGAGAGGACAGCACCUCAGAGCAUCGACUCACGGUGGAGGAGAGGACAGCACCUCAGAGCAUCGACUCACGGUGGAGGAGAGGACAGCACCUCAGAGCAUCGACUCACGGUGGAGGAGAGGACAGCACCUCAGAGCAUCGACUCACGGUGGAGGAGAGGACAGCACCUCAGAGCAUCGACUCACGGUGGAGGAGAGGACAGCACCUCAGAGCAUCGACUCACGGUGGAGGAGAGGACAGCACCUCAGAGCAUCGACUCACGGUGGAGGAGAGGACAGCACCUCAGAGCAUCGACUCACGGUGGAGGAGAGGACAGCACCUCAGAGCAUCGACUCACGGUGGAGGAGAGGACAGCACCUCAGAGCAUCGACUCACGGUGGAGGAGAGGACAGCACCUCAGAGCAUCGACUCACGGUGGAGGAGAGGACAGCACCUCAGAGCAUCGACUCACGGUGGAGGAGAGGACAGCACCUCAGAGCAUCGACUCACGGUGGAGGAGAGGACAGCACCUCAGAGCAUCGACUCACGGUGGAGGAGAGGACAGCACCUCAGAGCAUCGACUCACGGUGGAGGAGAGGACAGCACCUCAGAGCAUCGACUCACGGUGGAGGAGAGGACAGCACCUCAGAGCAUCGACUCACGGUGGAGGAGAGGACAGCACCUCAGAGCAUCGACUCACGGUGGAGGAGAGGACAGCACCUCAGAGCAUCGACUCACGGUGGAGGAGAGGACAGCACCUCAGAGCAUCGACUCACGGUGGAGGAGAGGACAGCACCUCAGAGCAUCGACUCACGGUGGAGGAGAGGACAGCACCUCAGAGCAUCGACUCACGGUGGAGGAGAGGACAGCACCUCAGAGCAUCGACUCACGGUGGAGGAGAGGACAGCACCUCAGAGCAUCGACUCACGGUGGAGGAGAGGACAGCACCUCAGAGCAUCGACUCACGGUGGAGGAGAGGACAGCACCUCAGAGCAUCGACUCACGGUGGAGGAGAGGACAGCACCUCAGAGCAUCGACUCACGGUGGAGGAGAGGACAGCACCUCAGAGCAUCGACUCACGGUGGAGGAGAGGACAGCACCUCAGAGCAUCGACUCACGGUGGAGGAGAGGACAGCACCUCAGAGCAUCGACUCACGGUGGAGGAGAGGACAGCACCUCAGAGCAUCGACUCACGGUGGAGGAGAGGACAGCACCUCAGAGCAUCGACUCACGGUGGAGGAGAGGACAGCACCUCAGAGCAUCGACUCACGGUGGAGGAGAGGACAGCACCUCAGAGCAUCGACUCACGGUGGAGGAGAGGACAGCACCUCAGAGCAUCGACUCACGGUGGAGGAGAGGACAGCACCUCAGAGCAUCGACUCACGGUGGAGGAGAGGACAGCACCUCAGAGCAUCGACUCACGGUGGAGGAGAGGACAGCACCUCAGAGCAUCGACUCACGGUGGAGGAGAGGACAGCACCUCAGAGCAUCGACUCACGGUGGAGGAGAGGACAGCACCUCAGAGCAUCGACUCACGGUGGAGGAGAGGACAGCACCUCAGAGCAUCGACUCACGGUGGAGGAGAGGACAGCACCUCAGAGCAUCGACUCACGGUGGAGGAGAGGACAGCACCUCAGAGCAUCGACUCACGGUGGAGGAGAGGACAGCACCUCAGAGCAUCGACUCACGGUGGAGGAGAGGACAGCACCUCAGAGCAUCGACUCACGGUGGAGGAGAGGACAGCACCUCAGAGCAUCGACUCACGGUGGAGGAGAGGACAGCACCUCAGAGCAUCGACUCACGGUGGAGGAGAGGACAGCACCUCAGAGCAUCGACUCACGGUGGAGGAGAGGACAGCACCUCAGAGCAUCGACUCACGGUGGAGGAGAGGACAGCACCUCAGAGCAUCGACUCACGGUGGAGGAGAGGACAGCACCUCAGAGCAUCGACUCACGGUGGAGGAGAGGACAGCACCUCAGAGCAUCGACUCACGGUGGAGGAGAGGACAGCACCUCAGAGCAUCGACUCACGGUGGAGGAGAGGACAGCACCUCAGAGCAUCGACUCACGGUGGAGGAGAGGACAGCACCUCAGAGCAUCGACUCACGGUGGAGGAGAGGACAGCACCUCAGAGCAUCGACUCACGGUGGAGGAGAGGACAGCACCUCAGAGCAUCGACUCACGGUGGAGGAGAGGACAGCACCUCAGAGCAUCGACUCACGGUGGAGGAGAGGACAGCACCUCAGAGCAUCGACUCACGGUGGAGGAGAGGACAGCACCUCAGAGCAUCGACUCACGGUGGAGGAGAGGACAGCACCUCAGAGCAUCGACUCACGGUGGAGGAGAGGACAGCACCUCAGAGCAUCGACUCACGGUGGAGGAGAGGACAGCACCUCAGAGCAUCGACUCACGGUGGAGGAGAGGACAGCACCUCAGAGCAUCGACUCACGGUGGAGGAGAGGACAGCACCUCAGAGCAUCGACUCACGGUGGAGGAGAGGACAGCACCUCAGAGCAUCGACUCACGGUGGAGGAGAGGACAGCACCUCAGAGCAUCGACUCACGGUGGAGGAGAGGACAGCACCUCAGAGCAUCGACUCACGGUGGAGGAGAGGACAGCACCUCAGAGCAUCGACUCACGGUGGAGGAGAGGACAGCACCUCAGAGCAUCGACUCACGGUGGAGGAGAGGACAGCACCUCAGAGCAUCGACUCACGGUGGAGGAGAGGACAGCACCUCAGAGCAUCGACUCACGGUGGAGGAGAGGACAGCACCUCAGAGCAUCGACUCACGGUGGAGGAGAGGACAGCACCUCAGAGCAUCGACUCACGGUGGAGGAGAGGACAGCACCUCAGAGCAUCGACUCACGGUGGAGGAGAGGACAGCACCUCAGAGCAUCGACUCACGGUGGAGGAGAGGACAGCACCUCAGAGCAUCGACUCACGGUGGAGGAGAGGACAGCACCUCAGAGCAUCGACUCACGGUGGAGGAGAGGACAGCACCUCAGAGCAUCGACUCACGGUGGAGGAGAGGACAGCACCUCAGAGCAUCGACUCACGGUGGAGGAGAGGACAGCACCUCAGAGCAUCGACUCACGGUGGAGGAGAGGACAGCACCUCAGAGCAUCGACUCACGGUGGAGGAGAGGACAGCACCUCAGAGCAUCGACUCACGGUGGAGGAGAGGACAGCACCUCAGAGCAUCGACUCACGGUGGAGGAGAGGACAGCACCUCAGAGCAUCGACUCACGGUGGAGGAGAGGACAGCACCUCAGAGCAUCGACUCACGGUGGAGGAGAGGACAGCACCUCAGAGCAUCGACUCACGGUGGAGGAGAGGACAGCACCUCAGAGCAUCGACUCACGGUGGAGGAGAGGACAGCACCUCAGAGCAUCGACUCACGGUGGAGGAGAGGACAGCACCUCAGAGCAUCGACUCACGGUGGAGGAGAGGACAGCACCUCAGAGCAUCGACUCACGGUGGAGGAGAGGACAGCACCUCAGAGCAUCGACUCACGGUGGAGGAGAGGACAGCACCUCAGAGCAUCGACUCACGGUGGAGGAGAGGACAGCACCUCAGAGCAUCGACUCACGGUGGAGGAGAGGACAGCACCUCAGAGCAUCGACUCACGGUGGAGGAGAGGACAGCACCUCAGAGCAUCGACUCACGGUGGAGGAGAGGACAGCACCUCAGAGCAUCGACUCACGGUGGAGGAGAGGACAGCACCUCAGAGCAUCGACUCACGGUGGAGGAGAGGACAGCACCUCAGAGCAUCGACUCACGGUGGAGGAGAGGACAGCACCUCAGAGCAUCGACUCACGGUGGAGGAGAGGACAGCACCUCAGAGCAUCGACUCACGGUGGAGGAGAGGACAGCACCUCAGAGCAUCGACUCACGGUGGAGGAGAGGACAGCACCUCAGAGCAUCGACUCACGGUGGAGGAGAGGACAGCACCUCAGAGCAUCGACUCACGGUGGAGGAGAGGACAGCACCUCAGAGCAUCGACUCACGGUGGAGGAGAGGACAGCACCUCAGAGCAUCGACUCACGGUGGAGGAGAGGACAGCACCUCAGAGCAUCGACUCACGGUGGAGGAGAGGACAGCACCUCAGAGCAUCGACUCACGGUGGAGGAGAGGACAGCACCUCAGAGCAUCGACUCACGGUGGAGGAGAGGACAGCACCUCAGAGCAUCGACUCACGGUGGAGGAGAGGACAGCACCUCAGAGCAUCGACUCACGCUGAGCGGAAUAUGCUGGUGGAAGCACAGCAGCAGGUGGCGGAGGAUGAUGUGCCGGAUGGGGCCGGGUUUUGA